CCUUGCACAAUAUGUACAAAACCAUGUAUGUUAAUAUAUUAUUAAAAAUCAAUUCAACAUUGUUUUAUUUAAUACCUUGCUACAUUUCAGAGAUGGAGGUGGGGAGCACGAUGUUAAAUCCUAUCGUGCUCUCUGAUGGUGAAGAGGAGAUGCAGAUGGAAAGUGAUUCGGACAUGAGUGAUUCGGACAUGGACGUCCCGGUGCAGCAGCCUGUGGUGGUUCAUAGGGGACCGCGUAUAACUGGCAACGAGGAGUUUGAUAAGCACUGUGUUUGGGGAAACAAUCUCGUACUCAAUGAAGACCAAUGCAAGGCCCUCACAAAGAUGGUUCGUCAGUUCCCAGGAAAACCAAUCAAGUACUAUGUGUACAGGAUGAGCAAAUCUUCUGUCAUUCAAAAGAACUGCAAAAUGGAAUUUUCCGCAAAGUUCACAGAGAGGUACCUCAAGAAGUUCCUCAGUGAUGCAAUUGAGCUACCAGUCCAAUGUGCGGGAUAUAAAAAGUACUACAGUGUCAAGAUGAGGCUAGGAAUAGAUCUAAAGAGGGCAAUGCUGACAAGUGGCUGGGCGAAGGCUGUAAGGAGGUUCGGCUUAGAAGAAGGUUGCGUCUACAUCUUCUGCUUCUCUGUCGAUAAGAAGGGCCAUUACCCUUGGCUUCUCAUCGACCCCCUGGAAGCAUGAAGACGGUGCCAACGGUGCCAGUGGUAACAUUUUGGUUUGGUGGUAGCAUU